AUGGCUAACAACGUGACCGCUACCAGAGAAGCUACAAGGCGUACUCACACUUACAGUUUCCAUCGCGAAGGCUUGAUUCAGUUGGGGCAGUUGGGUGGAUUGAUCACUGGUCAUAAUAAAACUGUGUUCACUGAGAAUUAUGGAAACAUCUUGACUCUUUUGGACUCACACGUCGACGAAUGGGAGAAACCUGAUCUGGACAACAUUGCCAACGCUCUUUAUUUGAGCAUAGAAGACGUUCUUGGGAACUGGAAGAAGAAUGGUAGCACUCAGGGUUUCUAUAUGAGUUUCUUGGUUGAGAAGGCCCAAGAGUUGGCUAACAAAAAGAUGUGGGAGGCCUUCAACGCCCUUCUGGCCGUUUUGAUUUAUGGGAUCGUGAUGUUCCCUAACAUUCACAAGUUCGUUGAUCUGGCCGCUAUAUGUCUUUUUGUGGAUAAGAAUCCGGUCCCUACUUUGCUAGCUGAUACAUACUAUUCUGUUCACUCUCGAUAUGGGAAAGGAGGAGCCAUAAGAAAUUGUUUGCCGUUGUUAUACACCUGGUUUAAGUCCCACCUACCUACAAGUGGUCCUUUCGUUACUUCUACUCAGAAAUGGCAUCAAAGGAUCAUGGGGCUUACUGGAAAUGACAUUGUCUGGUGUCCUACUGGGAUGGAUGUAGAGAAAGUUAUAACUAGCUGUGACAAGCCUUUGGACAAAGAGAUAUUCGAAUCCGUUUGCUUUGAAAAGGGAACCAAUCCAAAGGGUCUAGAAAAGGUGAGGAGUGCUUGGAAUAGCAUCCAUAUAGAUGAUCAGACUUCUCUAGGUGAAAAGAAUGCUGUUGCCAAACAAGCCUACACGGAUUGGGUUGAGGAUAGAGUUAAAGAUCGUCUGUUGCCUUUCCCGAAGGUUAAUCCUUUGUACAAGCAACCACCUAAGGUUCCAAUUGCCAUUAUGCCUGCUGAGAAUUGCAUCCCAGUAAAUAUGGAAAGCACCCAAUUGCACGAAAAGAAGUCAGAUGCACAACCGAAACAUUGUCUUGUGGACCAGAAAAAGGUUGAGUUGACACACGAAGCCAAAAUGCUGAAGGGAGGAUCUUCCAGAGUUCAAAAGAGGGCUAGAACCGAAAAAGGUGAAAGAGAUACUACUGUUAUUGUCGAGGAUCACCAGAAGAUCCUAAAAAGGGCCAUGAAAGAGGCAGAAGAGAAACUCAAGGAAGUCCUCCCGGAUUGGGGUUUCUCUUUGUCUCAAGUCAAGGCAUUGAUUGAAGGAUACGGGCUUGCAAAUCAUCCGGUUCUUUAA